UCCUCCCUCUCCCCCCUUUUCGCUUUGAUUUCGCUCUCCUCCCCUCUCUGCUCGCCCUGUGCGUGUGUGUUUUUCGCCGCCGAGCUCCAACCAAGCCCCUUGGCAUGAGUUAAGCACCAGCUAUGGACACCAAACACUUCCUGCCACUGGAUUUCUCCAGCCAAGUUAAUUCCACGUCCCUGAACUCUCCCACGAGCCGGGGGCCCAUGGCCACCCCAUCGCUCCACCCGUCCAUCGGGCCUGGCAUCAGCUCCUCGCUGGGCUCUCCAGGCCAGCUCCACUCGCCCAUCAGCACCCUGAGCUCGCCCAUCAAUGGCAUGGGACCGCCGUUCUCUGUCAUCAGCUCCCCCAUGGGCCCGCACUCGAUGUCUGUCCCCUCCACCCCUAGCCUGGGAUUUGGCACCAGCAGCCCGCAGCUCAACUCACCCAUGAACCACCCCGUCAGCAGCUCAGAAGACAUUAAGCCACCGCUGGGGCUCAAUGGAGUCCUCAAAGUGCCAGCACAUCCCUCAGGAACGAUGGCCUCCUUCACCAAGCACAUAUGUGCCAUCUGCGGGGACAGAUCUUCAGGUAAACAUUAUGGGGUUUACAGCUGUGAGGGCUGCAAAGGUUUCUUCAAGCGCACGGUGCGGAAAGACCUCACCUACACCUGCCGCGACAACAAGGACUGCUUGAUCGACAAGCGCCAGCGCAACCGCUGCCAGUACUGCCGCUAUCAGAAGUGUCUUGCGAUGGGGAUGAAAAGAGAAGCUGUCCAGGAGGAGAGGCAGCGGGGGAAGGAUCGCAACGAGAAUGAGGUGGAGUCAACAAGUAGCGCCAAUGAAGAUAUGCCCGUGGAAAAGAUCUUGGAAGCUGAACUCGCAGUGGAGCCAAAGACAGAGAUGUACAUUGAUGCAAACAUGGGCUUGACACCGAGCUCGCCCAAUGACCCGGUGACGAACAUAUGCCAGGCAGCAGACAAACAGCUCUUCACCCUGGUGGAGUGGGCCAAGAGGAUCCCCCACUUCUCCGAGCUGCCCCUGGAUGACCAGGUCAUCUUGCUCAGAGCAGGGUGGAAUGAGCUCCUAAUCGCCUCCUUCUCCCACCGCUCCAUAGCUGUGAAAGACGGGAUCCUCUUAGCCACCGGGCUCCACGUGCACCGGAACAGCGCACACAGUGCUGGCGUUGGGGCCAUCUUCGACAGAGUACUGACAGAACUCGUGUCAAAAAUGCGAGACAUGCAGAUGGACAAGACAGAGCUAGGCUGCCUGCGAGCUAUUGUCCUCUUCAACCCCGACUCAAAAGGUCUCUCCAACCCAGCUGAAGUGGAAGCGUUACGGGAGAAGGUGUACGCGUCGCUAGAGGCAUAUUGCAAACACAAAUACCCCGACCAGCCCGGGAGGUUUGCAAAGCUCUUGCUCCGUCUCCCAGCCCUUCGGUCCAUCGGCCUGAAAUGCCUGGAGCACCUCUUCUUCUUCAAGCUAAUAGGCGACACGCCAAUCGACACCUUCUUGAUGGAAAUGCUGGAAGCGCCCCAUCAAAUGACUUAAAGAACUGCUGCUGGGUCAGUCCCUCACCCGGCUGGGGUCUCACAGGGCCCCUUCCUCUGCUUUCCUCCUCCACCGCCCCAGCCUGUUCCUCAUUCCUCUCCCCAGCACUGGAGGCACCGUCUGAUCCGGGGCGACCCCUUGCCGUCCUCGCCUCCUCGUCGCCUUCACCCUUGUCCGUUUGCUGUCACUGCUGCAUCUCAAGACCUGCUCGCUGAUUCCCUGUGCUAAACGUAGAGAAGUGGGAGCGGAGAGAUCUUGCCACCCACCGCCCCAGUUUGCACCCCUGCCCCGACUCCCGCUGGGCCAUGAGUUUCGGGACAAGCUGGGCUUGGCAUCACCCCAUGUGUGCGCUGUGGUCAGCGGUGGUUUUCCUGGAGCAGGAGCAGAGAUGGGGAUGGUCCUAGAUGUUGGGGCAGUGGGGUUUGGACAAGCCAAGGGGAGCAGUUGAACUCGCUGGAUUGCAGCUGGCUAUUUUCAGAGGAUGGAGGUUUUAAAAAAAGAAAAGAAAAAAAAAAAAGAAAAGAAAAAGAAUUCUAUUUUUGGUUUCUAACUAUUAUUAGUGCUCUUGGUAGUUACUUUGCGGAGGGAGAGACGGUCCGGCCCAUGCCCCGCGAGUGAGUCACUCGUGGCUGCGUAGAGCCUUCUCCUUUCAAUUAAAAGCAGAGGAUUUGGGAUUGAGCUGAAGCCCCCGCAAAUAACGAGGUGACUGGUGGCACAGGGAGUUGGAGCACCCUCUCACCCUCUGUGCAGAGGGUCCUGUGGAUGGCAGGCACCUGAAAAAUUCCCUUAUGCUGUCUCAGGGCAGCUGGGUAUCACUGCUCUUCCCAACGAUGCCUCUGUGCUUGGUGUGGAGCUGCACACAUAGACACGAGCCAGCUGGGAGUGCUUGCUUUAAGGCUGCUAGGGACUUAACAUCACCCUUCCCCACCUGGUGGCAUCUUGCCGGGACCCCUGCCCUCAGCACUGCUCCCAGCAUCUCGCAAGGCUCGAUCCAGCCCAUCUUCCAGACCCACUCUUCAUUUCGAGGGCUGUGGCGUGGGAGCAGCAGGAGCUGGCAUAGUAACAACUGCUCCUUCUUGGGUUUUUUUGGUCCUAACCUGGUUCAGGGAGGUUGGAGAGGCCUUUCCAGGGGGUGGGGUGAGCUCAGCUAAAUACCCCCUCCGUGCCCAUGUUGCGGGUAUGCAGCAGCCCUGGCUACCGGCCAGCAUUGCCCUUUGGCCGACAGCACCCGCACGGGGGUUUCGGCUCGCCCAGAGGCUGCUCUUGUUGAUUCAGCAGCUGUCGUGCUAUGCACUGCAAGGCAACAAUUAGUGGGAGUACUUGGCCAGGCUGGUUAAUUGUGGCUAUUAAUUAGUGGUGAAGCAAGAACAGGGCUCCCCCUCUCCUGAAUCUCCUGUGUUGGGCAGGGAUGCGGGAGUGGAGAGGUCCAGCAUGGGUGAGGGAUGUGGCAGCCUCUGUCUGUAUGGGCAGCGCAUGGCGUGUCUGAGAUGCUGAGAGCAUCAAAACCACUUUGGCUUUUGCACAGUCCUUUCCUUGAAUCUUGAUGUGACAGUGGGGAAGCGGACAUGAUUUUGGGGAUGAGGGACACAGUCCCAGGAAUGUACCCACAUCCCACAGGACAAGAUCCCCUUCCCAUCCCCAUUUCACCUUCAUCAGGUGUUUCCAGAGCCUAAUGGAAAAUAAUGAGUUAGGAAAAAAGAAACAGAGGAGACGCUGAGGGAUAUUGGAGAGAGUUUUUCAGCCCUUGGCGGCGCAGAUUAUCUCGAAUGCACUGUGGGGUAGGUGCUCGGAGCCAAGAGCGAGGUGCCUGCAGUUGGCCUCAGGCCAAGGGCUUCCCCACUGCUUAUGUCUUCUGUGGUUUAAAGCAACGAAGUAUUUAGGUCCCAGAGGUGUUGCACUUGUUCUCUGUGGUUGUAGCUGGCUCUUCAAACAUCUCCUUUGUGCUUGGAAGGGGAUGAAGCUGUUCCCACUAGCUCCCACCUCUGUUUUUGAGGGGACACAGUUGUCACCCAUCUGUUGUCAUCCCUCCUGGCAGCUCGAGUCCGCAGCUCCGUCCCCUGCAGUUAACCAGGCCAUCUCCUUGCUAGAUAAAUACUCAGGAUUUCAGGUCAUAACUUUCCCUUAGGCUGGCCUGAAGUGGCAAAUGCACAGAGGCAGGGAAAGUGUUUUGGCUGUGUUUCUCCAGCAGCCUGCAAGCUGCCGAAAAUAUUAUUAAACAGCUUCACCCUGCAAGAAUUUGCCAAGAAAACUAGGCAAGAGAAAUGAAAUAUGUAAAGGGUGCCAGUAAACACGAGCAGGCUGUUUCUUGCCAGCGUGAGGCUGGCGCAGCCCCACUGGGGGCUUGCAGGGAGGUGUUCGCUCCCAGCCAGCCAGCGCGGAGCUCAGCCUGGAGCCCGACCAGCCCCUCGCAGCCCCCAGCCUGGCUCUUGCCAGCAGGGAGGAGCCCGGAGCUGAAUUGCCAGGGAGGAGGAGAGUGCUUUAUGGAAGAACCAGUGGAAGUUGCACUAGAAUAAACCCACUGUCUUUCUCCAUUGGGUGGAAGCACUUUUUUCGCCAUUGAUGGCUUGGAAGGGGCUGUUUGGUGCUGAGCUGUGGCUGCUUACGAGGCUGUGCUGUGGCUCUGGGCACUGCUGGGCUGCAGAGCGGGAGCUCCCAUCCUAUCCAAUCUCAUCCCUUCCUCUGCCAUCUCAUCCUAUCACCAUGCUGUCCCAUCCCAUCCCAUCCCAUCCCAUCCCAUCCCAUCCCAUCCCAUCCCAUCCCAUCCCAUCCCGCAUUUGACCUGGUAGAAAUAAAACACCACGAGCAAGGGGUUGUCCUCAGCAAAGACCGUGGUGUGAAAGGGAAAGCUCUGCAGGCCAGGGGUUCUCAGCCAGGAUGUGUGUCUCCGUGCCUCAGUUUCCCUGCUGGAGAAGCACACAGCCUCGAUUCGUGCCCUGAAGAAGGUUUUGGGGAAAGGCUGAGUGUUGUCCUGGGCUUUCUGGUUUUGGCAGGUGUCGAGGGAGCCCUCGCGUUGCUGUAACUGAGCAUAACUGUUGCUUUCAGCAGAGCUCUUGCGACUUCCCUCAGCAGCCGCACGAGGUGUUUGGAGUUGCCAGCAGGUCCUGACUGUGUGUGAUCAACUCCCAGACCCCAGUCCACCCCACGCCUCCCCCUCCAGUAUCACCAGCCCAGCCCUUCCCAUCAGAAGGAAAAGCUUUUAUGCAUCUGGUAACAUCUGCCACAGCAGCCUUAAAGCAACGCGCUUUUGCAUGAGUUUGAGUCUUUCGUUUGUAUUCUUUUUCACAUUGGGCUUUUCUUUUCUUUUUGUCCUCAUCGGAAUAAUUCUAAAUAUCCUACGUGCUUGUUUGGAGAGGUGAUAAUGGGUAAGAGGAAAAAAAAUAAGGCGCAUUAUUCUCUAGAGAGGUAGGACUUUCGUUUGACCAGCUCUUAGUACUCUUGCAAAAAUCUGGUUUGAUUAGGGUGAUCUAUUUUUUAAUUAUUAUUUUUUUUUUAAAUCCCUUUUUUUCUUGGUGGGACAAUCUUUAAUUUUCUAAAGAUAGCACAAACAUCAGCUUUUCAGCCACCCGCCUGCCACUCUGGAUGUUUCCUCGCUGCCUUCUUGCCGUGUGCGUCUUUCAACCCAGCCCUGACCCAAACCGCAUCCAGCACCUCCGUGGGCUGAAGCUUCCUGAGCAUCCAGCAAAGGGGCCGAGAGGGGCGCGAGGAGCGGAGUUAUGGGCGAAGGACCUCCGCAGGACCCGUGAGUGGAGGGAACCCACACCAACCUCCUCGAAGUCACCGGCAGCGACUCUGCACUUUGCCCGCGGCGUCCUUGCUGCCCACCGUGCGCAGGGAGGAGAGCCCCCGCGGGGCUCCUGCUCCUCAGAAGGGUCGACGCUGGUGGGACUGUGGCUCAAGAGCUGGUGCUGUCCCCAUCAGUGACAAGCGUGCAUGACCUGGUUUAAGUUGAGACAUAUGUGCGUGUGUAUACAUGUAUGUACUGUAGAUAUAUACACUGUAUAAUACCCUCACUCACAUAUACAUAUAUUAUAACCAUAGCAAUUACAGACUUUUUGUGGGUUUUUUUUUGUUUUAAGCUGAUUCUUUUUUCCUAUUUUUUUUUUUCUCCUGCAUUUUUUUUUUUUUUCCGCUUCAUGUAAGUGCGUACAAUGAAUCUGAAGCCCUUUCCGAAUUGGCAGAUGCCAAAUCUGGAUCUUUAUUCCUCGAGACAAAGGAAAUGCAUCUAUUUUAAGAUGCCUUUUUUGUUUUCUUUAUUUUGUUUGUUUUGUUCUGUAUUUUUUUCUUUUGAGCAGCAGGUGGUUUUGAGUAAAAAUAGCUUUAGCGAUUCCCACUACUUAGCGAUGGAUGCCUUGGCUAUGGGAGCAUAGCUAAAAAAUAAAAUACAUUAAAAUUUAGAAUGACAAAAAAAAAAGAUAAAAGAUAAGGAAAAUUAUCUAAAGCAUCAAUAAAGUUAAAAAUCUAUUUUUGUACAAAUGUAAUUUUAUCCCUUACGUAUCCUUGGAUAUUUUCUUUCUGGAUUCUUUUGUUUCUUCUGCAGAGAUUGUUAUAAACUCUCUCUAUUUUUCUCUCUCUCGCUUUCUCUCUGUAAAUGUUCAGUCACAGGGACAGGGAUCUGGAGGAGAGGGAGAAACUUUUGACCGUGUUUUAAAGGCUUUAUAUGAAAUCUCUUUUGAAAUAAUUUUUUUGAAUGAACUUUUUAUUUUUUUCCCCCACUUCCAAAAUCUUUUUUCGGGGGGAGAGGGGGAGGGAGGGAGUGGGCUGGUCUGGGGCUGUCCUUUGUCACGUAUAUCUGGCGUUCCCGCAGGUCUGUUUUACU